CUGUUGUGUAGGGUAACACUGCGCUGGUCUGCUGCUAACUGGGCUUUUGUUUGCUCCUUUUUGCUUGCGCGCUGCCUUGUUUGGAUUUGGGAGAUCGCGGUGUGGUGUUUGUGCCGGCAUUUGGAUCGGCAAGGCAACUAUUGGGAGUUCUCACUCACUCUCUCACUCGUCCUAGUGUUUGUGGGUUCUUUGUUUUACUCUUUGUCUCGCAAGUGCUGCUGGUGGGUUUGCUGUUCUCGCUGUCUGUGGCAUUCCCGGAGGCUGGGAGUGGAAUUUUUUUCUCUUGUGGGGUUGUAGCAGGGGUUUGUGAACAGUGGUUUCGUUUCUUCCCUGGAGAGGAGUGAAGGAAGAACGGGGGCUUUUGCGUGUGACAAUGGCGUCGGUGGAAGACUCUCUGCAUCUGAGGAGGGGCCGCUAGCACUAGGACGAGGAUGAACACCGAGAUGGAAGGAGGUGACAAGAAGGCUAUAAACCAGGCAUUGUGGCUUGAAUGCGCGGGACCUCUCAUCACUUUGCCAGCGAUUGGUAGCCAAGUUGUCUACUUCCCACAAGGUCACAGCGAACAAGUGAUAGCUUCCACGCACAAGGAGGCUGAUUUCGAAGUUCCCAGCUAUCCGAAUCUCCCACCUCAGCUCUUUUGUAUUCUUCACAACAUCACUCUCCAUGCCGAUCAAGAAAACGACGAGGUUUUCGCGCAGAUGACGCUGCAGCCCUUCUCACAGACUGCGCUGCUGAAGGACCCGUUUCUUUUGCCGGACUUUGGAAUCCAGACGAAGCAAACCAUCGUUUCUUUCUCCAAGACGUUAACAGCGAGUGAUACGAGCACUCACGGUGGUUUUUCCAUUCCCCGCAGAGCAGCGGAGAAAGUUUUCCCCCCUCUUGAUUUUACCAAGACACCUCCAGCUCAAGAGCUCGUUGCCAGAGACUUACACAACAACGAGUGGCAUUUCCGCCAUAUCUAUCGAGGCCAGCCUCGAAGGCACUUGCUCACGACCGGGUGGAGCGUUUUCGUCAGCGCUAAGCGGCUUCAAGCUGGCGACACGGUGCUGUUCUUGAGGGACGAGCAGGGACAACACAUGCUGGGAAUUCGACGGGCAAACCGGCAGCAAACGAAUCUCCCGACAUCUCUAUUGUCGAGCGACAGCAUGCUCAUCGGUGUUCUUGCCGCGGCUGCUCACGCAGCAUCCACCAACAGCCGCUUCACGAUCUUCUAUAAUCCGAGGGCGAGCCCCUCGGAGUUUGUGAUUCCACUGGCGAAGUAUCAGAAAGCACUGCAUCCUCCGCAACUGACUGUAGGAAUGCGAUUUAGAAUGGAGAUGGAAACCGAGGACUCAAGCACAAGGAGGUACAUGGGAACAAUCACUGGUAUAGGAGAUUUGGAUCCCGUAAGAUGGCCAAACUCCCACUGGAGAUCUCUCAAGGUGAGAGCUUUACCAAAGCAAGCCGAGUCUUCUCACUUUUCUUUGUCCUCUCAGGUCGGCUGGGACGAAUCUACCGCUGGACAGAAGCAACGCAGAGUGUCAGCAUGGGAGAUUGAGCCACUGACAGUACCUUUUCUUCUCUGCAACUCUUCGUUUUUGUUGAGGUCCAAGCGUCCGAGAGGUACUGAGGAGGAGCUCCAGAUGAAGGCUCCCUCGAUCUGGGCCAGAGGAGAAGAAGGCAAGUUUAGCAUGCAAAAUAUGAACUUUCCUGGGCUCAGUGGGAUGGAUCACUGGCUCCAACUCCAGCAAAAAGCCGGGGGCUCCGCGGCAGUAACUCCACCGCCUCCUGUCAUCCAACCUGGUUACUACAGCUCCAUCCUCCAAGAAAUGCGGACCAUUGAUGCUACUCCAAAGCAGCUCAUGCAAAGUCCGCAAGCCUUCCAGCCGAUGCAAUUCAACCAGUCGAUGCCACCGCUACUCCAGCAGCAGCAGCAACAGGCCCAGCAGAUGAUGCACCUGCCUCCAAACGUCCCGGAAGCAGCGAGCAUGCAUGCUCCAUACAUCCCAGCUGCUCUCAAGACCCCUCCGGAUCAAGAGGUGAAUCGAAACAGCAACUCAUACCCGCCCUUCAUCAUCGAGGACGGCGUCUCGUAUACUUCGAUGCUCCAGGGCUCGGCUCCAGCAUCACUCCCAAAGCAGCAACACCAUCAGCAGCAAGCAGGGAUGUUGACUUGCUCGAGUUUGGAUCACCAGACCAACUGGAUGCCAUCCCUGCGAGAAGGUGACGCGAGCAUUCCGGUGGAUGCAUCGCUUCUACCGCCGUCGGCAUCACAGCAAGCUCUGGAUCAAGACAACGAUCCCAGAAGUCACGUCCUCUUUGGCGUCAACAUAGAUGGCCAAGUCCCGCCAUCUUACGCUCCCCCGCCUUUCUCCAAGCCAAAGGAUUUCUCCGGAGCUCAAGCCGACAUAGCUCUCCUCCAUGCCGCCGAAGAGAAUGGAGUCCCCCAACCAAGCUGGCCGCAACAAGUCUAUCCCCCGCCAGUGAGAACUUUCACCAAGGUCCACAAGGUCGGAUCGGUCGGGAGAUCGCUCGACAUCACCCGCUUCAAAAACUACCACGAGCUUCGCAACGAGCUCACGCGAAUGUUCGGCCUGGAGCACGAUCACAAGUCGGGUUGGCAGCUCGUCUUCAUCGACAACGAGAAUGACAUGCUGCUACUGGGCGAUGAUCCUUGGGAUGAAUUCAUCGGCUGCGUCAAGUCGAUACGAAUCCUCUCCUCGUCCGAGAUCCUCCAGAUGAACCAAGAACAUAUGGAGUGGCUAAACUCCAUUCCACUCCACCAGCAGCAAAAGCAAGCUAGCAGCUCCUCGGAUGAUCACCGGCCCUGCGGCGACGUCCCUGCGAUCACUACUGCUACCCCCACUGCCGCUACCACUACUACUGCUACCACCACUGCUCAAGCAGGCAACGUACCCCGAGCGAUGAGCAGCUACAACAGUGACCCGUCGUGCGUAAGCGAUGGGAUCUAACGUAACCAAGGGAAGAACUUGUCUCGAUUUCUAGCAAGUAGGAAGCUUACAGCGAAGUCGCGCUUUUUAUUCGCGCGUCUCCCUACCUAUGUAGAAAUUUUUACGCUGGACAGAAUCAACAAAAACCGAUACUUAGACGCGCU